CGUUGAACCUCGCACACAGAUGAGGAGCUGGUAAAGAUCUGAUCUACUAUGUAGGUGCCGGAGUAGUCGGCGUGAUGGCAUCGGAGUGGUCGCUGAAAGUGAUGCUGGAGGAUGAAAGGCAGCGCCUUUCAGAUCGCCGUGUGCGAGGGAAAUUGGUGGAGUGGAUUGGGACCUACGGGUGGCUGGAACCCUCUAAGGACCGAGGGUGGUCGGCGUGAUCGGCGCAGGUGUUUGGUGGGCGCAGAAGUGGCGAAAGGUUGAUCUCCCCAGUGUGACCAGCGGCUAGCAGUCCCUGAUUUGGGUAAUCCAAUAUAUGAUAUGCCUAUUCGCACUGUUGGACUGAUUGAGAGUUCCCAAGCUUUUCCCAGAGCUGAUGAUUUAGGUCUUGAGAUAAUCCAGUUUUUUAUUUUAUAGAUGCGUAGCAUUUGCAACGCAUUAUCAUAUAGCAAUAUAUAGCAUUGGUGGCUGUCACACACGACUCGGCAACUCACUUGCAUCUUCCAAGUAAAUCAUGUCAGCCAAGACAGGUAGUUAUGCAGUUGUCAAGAUUCAUGGCAACGCCAGGGUCACAAUUCAAGAUCCAAAAACCCGUAAUUUGAGGGACCAGUUUGUUUCAUGUGCAUUUGAGGGCGAGCAACUGAAAGAAGAGCUUCAGAACGUCGAAAUUGGAGGAACUGUGACAAAGAGUCUAGUCUUUCGAUGUCUUUCGGUUCUUCUUCCCCUUUCACACUCAGCUCCCUUUCUUCUUCCCCUUUCCACUUGGCCCGAGCCCAGCGUGGUUUGUCGAAUACACGGGCGACGCGGAGACUGCGGCGGCGCCGUCCGUCGAAUGCGGCGGCGUCUGAUGGGACCGCUGGGUGCCUGUGGGUGGGAUGAGCAUGUGCGUCUGGGAUGUGCAGCUGCUGAGUGUCCCUGCAGUUGGCUCGAGCGCUGUAUGCCGCGCUACGAGCUGGUGAGGCAGCACUCCAGCUAUGAGCUGGUGAACGUGGGUGUGUGUGCCACAUCCCAUCUUCAGCCUUUGUUCGCCACCGUGCUUUUAGCCGUGCUUCUACUGCUGGGCACUUUGCUGGCAAAGUGGUCCUUGCGGAUCUGGGAAGCCUCCACCAAGAAGUCUCUGACCGUUUCGGCCGCAGAUGUCAACGCGCUGUGCGCCAAGGAUUUGGGUGUCGAUGUGCACCGUGUCUGGCUGCACCAGACCGACUUCAGUCACGCUGGUCCGCCGCCUUUGGGCAGUGAACUGGAGUUCUUCCUCUACCGUGAUGCCAAGGGCAUCGGUGCAGCUGAUGCUCUCCUGGUGAAAGCGAAGGAGGAGGAAGCGCCACUCCCUUCAGGCUGGAAGAAGGUCUGGUGCGAGCAGCACAAGGAGUGGUACUACUGGAAUAGUGCCAGAAAGGAGGCACAAUGGGUGCGGCCCAUCGAGGUGUCGGAGGCUCCAUUGCCCAAGGGCUGGGAGAAGGUCUUUGAUGUCCAGCGAGGCCAACACUACUAUUGGCACGCGGCUUUGAAGAAGUCCACCUGGGAGAGACCAGAGGCAUCUGCGCGCAUGCAGGGCAAGGUCGUUGAGUGGAAUGGAGUCUUUGGCUGGCUCCAAGGGGAUGGCCACAGCGAGAAGAUCCUGUUGAAGUGGAGAGACGUCUGUGGAGAGACCGACCUCACGAAGGGUGAUCACGUGGAGUUCCUCCUUUCGGACGAUGGUGGCCCUAGGGCUCUGGAGGUGUGCAGUGUGUCUGCGCCCAAGCGAAAGAAGCCACCCACCCUGGAGAAAGCCGACGAUGCGGUCGAAGGCCAGAAGGAGAAGAAGCCAAAGAAGGAUGAGCUGAACGCUGAGAGGGCGCCCGAGCUGGACCAUGAGGAGAAGCUCGCCCCUUUGCUCCCGGGCUGGGAAGAACACUUCUCAGAGGACUAUGAGCAGCCUUACUACUGGCACCAGCAGAGCAAGCAGUCUUCCUGGGACAGGCCCUCGGUCGCCAAAGACCAAGGCGACGAGCCCGAGGUGACCGGCAAGCCGCUUCCGGCGGCGUUUGUACAGAACUCACAUGCCAGGCCACCAAUCGUGACGGUGCACACGAGGUCCUUUCCCAGGCCACCCCCCUGGGCUUGGCCGGCGCCGAUGCAGAGACCAGUGGUGCUUCGACCCCGCGCGUUGGCGCCGUGGCACGCCCCGCUUCGAGGCUGCUCCCUGGUUUGCGCGACCAGGUGCUCCACCCAGGCCGAGUGGCAGGCCUUGGCGCUGAACGGCAGAGGGCGCCCUGGACAUCCGCCGAGUGCGGAUGUCUGCUUUUGGUGCCAGCAGAAAAAAAAGAGGUGCUGGUGCAUCGCCUGAAAUUGGGGCAAGCUUCCCUGUCGAAUUUUUGUUGAUUCACUGCUUGACCACCUCCGCAUUCUUCGGCACUGGUUCGGUUCCAUCACUAGUUCUAUCUCAAGGAUGGCCCCGGCUGCACAGAAUUCGGAAGGGGUUGGAAGGGGGCGUUGAUUGAAGCUGGUUUGAAGUUGGACCACCACGAGGACCCCAAUGGAUCUGAAAGUCCAUUCAUUGAUCCAUCAAAUGCGU